CCCAGACCGGAAAUGAGGUCAGAGAGGGAAACCCAGGCUGGGAGCUACGGCCCCGAAGGCGGCGCCGGGUGCAAGCGACUGCGGCAGCCGAUGUGGCCUCAUGGAUGAGCUGGUGCAUGACUUAGCCUCAGCCUUGGAGCAGACAUCUGAGCAGAAUAAGCUUGGUGAGCUGUGGGAGGAGAUGGCCCUGAGCCCCAGACAGCAGAGGCGGCAGCUUCGGAAGCGCCGAGGCCGGAAGCGCCGUUCUGACUUUACUCACCUGGCUGAGCACGCCUGCUGCUUCAGCGAGGCCUCUGAGUCAAGUCUGGAUGAGGCCACCAAGGACUGUCGAGAAGUGGCUCCGCUCACCAACUUCAGUGACUCUGAUGACACAGUGGUGGCCAAACGGCACCCAGCUCUCAGUGCCAUUGUUAGGGGUAAGCAGCACUCUUGGCAUGAAUCUGACUCCUUUACGGAAAAUGCACCUUGUCGACCCCUCAGGCGCCGGCGGAAGGUGAAGAGAGUGGCAUCCGAGGUGGCUGCCAGCCUUCAGCAGAAGCUGAAAGUGUCAGAUUGGAGCUAUGAGAGAGGCUGCAGGUUCAAGUCUGCCAAGAAGCAGCGUUUAUCCCGCUGGAAGGAGAAUACUCCCUGGACCUCAUCUGGCCAUGGGCUGUGUGAAUCAGCAGAAAAUCGGACUUUCCUAAGCAAAACAGGAAGGAAAGAAAGGAUGGAGUGCGAAGCAGAGGAACAGAAACACGGCUCCGACGAGAACAUGUCCGAAAGUGAAACUAGCAGCGUGUGCAGCAGCAGUGACACGGGGCUCUUCACCAAUGAUGAAGGACGCCAAGGGGAUGAUGAGCAGAGUGAUUGGUUUUAUGAAGGAGAAUGUGUCCCCGGAUUCACUGUCCAUAACCUUCUGCCCAAGUGGGCUCCUGAUCACUGCACUGAAGUAGAAAGGAUGGACUCCGGACUGGAUAAACUCUCAGAUUCCACAUUCCUUUUACCUUCCCGGCCAGCUCAAAGAGGAUACCAUGGUCGCCUGAAUCGGUUGCCAGGAGCUGCAGCUCGGUGCCUCAGGAAGGGGCGGAGAAGGCUGGCUGGGAAGGAGACCGGCAUAAGCAGCCUGGGAACCGAGAGGAUCGGCCACCCCAUCAGUGACCCCCGGCAGACGGAUUUCUGGUUGCCAUCAGCUGGGAAAAGAGAACGCCAUCAGUUUAAUCCACUCUCUCCUCUUUACUCCCUGGAUGUUCUUGCUGAUGCCUCUCAUCGAAGGUGCUCACCCGCACACUGCUCUGCCAGGCAGGCAAGUGUACACUGGGGACCCCCAUGCUCACGUGACAUUAAAAGGAAACGGAAACCUGUGGCCUCAGCAUCUUUUUCUAGCCCUAGUACAGAAAUGAGUGAUGAAGAGAGGUGCGUCCCGCUUUGCCGCUGUAUUAAUACACAUCAGGGGCCAGCUCCUGGCACUAAAUCACACAGCUGCAUACAUCUGUUAUCAGCUCUUCACCCGUGUGAUGAACAAGACUGCAGAUAGAGGCUUCCUUGUGUCAUUCUUUAUAGGAUUUUCCUAAAAGAAUGAAUAGCUCAGAUCUCUGCCAACACUCUCCCUGUCACCGUGAUGAAUUCAGCUUCUUUCUUAAGCAUGCAGCCACAAAUCUCUGCCCUUCCCCCACCCGUAGAAAGUUUUGAGUUGAAAUUGACUGAAUUUAAAGAUCUUAGUAAGGCUAGAAGGGUGAAGAAAGGAAGGGGCACCCAAGUCCUCAUUGUGUGUGUGUGUGUGUGUGUGUGUGUGUGUGUGUGUGUGUGUGUGUGUGUGUGUUAAUAGCUCAAAGGCUGGGAAAGGACCCUCUUUCUCGGUCAUUAAGUAGAUCUUCU